UUGUCCCUUGUUGGUUCCCGUCCGUACUCAUCGUGCUGCUUAGCUGCUAGAAAUGGCCGAAGCUUCAUCACGGCCCUGCCGGUUUUUUUGUCACCGGUGUUCAGAAGAGAUUACUCCACGUUUACCGGACUACACAUGUCCGGGUUGUGAGUCUGGUUUUAUUGAGGAGUUGCCUGAAGAAAGAAGCAGUUCUGAAAAUGGAUCUGCAUCUUCUUCCUCUUCCAAUGAUCAGAACCGCCCCACCUUUGAGAACGUAGACCAUCAUCACUUAUUUGCAUUUCCCCCCGGCUACGGUCCGUUUACCCUUGGGAUUUUUGAUGAAAACUUUGACCUUCGAACUAGGCCAAACACAGAAGACAACCAAGAGGCCGAAACCAGGAGAGAAAGGGAGAUGGGCUCACGGGAGCGAUACGGUGCGAGGCAGCCGAGGGGUCGACAUGUGCCUCGACGACAGGGUACGCGCCACGAAGGAGUGCCCACAUUAGAGGGGAUUAUUCAGCAGCUUGUAAAUGGAAUCAUAGCACCUACAGCCAUGCCUAAUAUCGGAAUGGGACCAUGGGGUAUGCUACAUUCCAGUCCAAUGGACUACGCAUGGGGGGCCAAUGGUCUCGAUGCCAUCAUUACACAAUUAUUAAACCAGUUUGAAAACACUGGCCCCCCUCCAGCUGACAGAGAAAGAAUAAAGACUUUACCGACCAUUUCCAUCACGCAGGAACACGUCAGUGCUGGUUUAGAGUGCCCCGUGUGCAAAGAGGACUACAGCGUCGAAGAGAGCGUUAGGCUACUACCAUGCAAUCAUUUGUUUCACAAUGACUGCAUAGUACCGUGGCUGGAGCAGCACGACACGUGUCCAGUGUGCAGGAAGAGUCUAAGUGGGCAGAACACAGCCACAGACCCUCCAGGGUUAUCAGGAAUGAGCUUCUCUCCCACCUCGUCGUCGUCCUCUUCCUCCCCAAGCUCACCUAGUAAUGAAAACGCUGCCAGCAACUCAUAGACUUUCAACCCCCGCCCCUGCUGAGACCCAACAACUCCUCUCUCCAGCUGAAAYCAGGACAGUUUUAUGUCUCAAUUUUCAGGGACAAACGUGACUUUUAGUCUUCAUUCCUCCCCUCUCUGUGCUGAAUGGACCCCGGCUCCAUCUGCUGCGGUGUUACUGAGUGAAUCAGGACGUUGGAUUGAGUUUAAAUAAAGAAUGUGAAAAAAAUGGGAUUGUUGUGACUAGGACCUAAGCAGAGUUUAAAUCAGAGGGGACUGUGUUUCUUUCCACAACGCAGGGACACAUUUUAUAUAAAACCUAAAAAGCUCUCACCUGCAAUGGUUGACUCUUAAUUUGAUGGGAAGUUUAUUUUAACUCUCAGCCACUGCAUCUAGUGGAUCAAACAAUACUGGGGGGAAAUAUUUUGAGUUUAUAUGGCAGAUUUUUUAAAUUUAUCUGCAUCUUUAUUUUGCACAUUUUGUCUGAUGAUGAAAGUGAACUUGGUAUGACUACUGUACAAAAACAAGCAAGAUGUUUCCUUUUUGUUUUUAUUAAUUAAAUAGAUCCUUGACAAUAUUUUUCCCAUGAAGUUUUAGAGCAGAUUCCAAUAUAUUUGCUGUAUCUUAAAAAAGUGAAGAUGAUUGCAGUUCAGCAAACACAAUUUUUAAAUGAUGUGUGCGUGUGUGUGUGUGUGUGUUCACCAAAACAAAAUGAACAAUGUAAAGAAAAUAAAAAGGUAUGGGAUCAUUUUACCUCUAUAGAACUUGCCAAAUUAAUUCCACAAAACAAGUGUUUUAUUUGCUGAUUUUUUUUCUUUUUUUGUAAAAUCACAAUAAAUUGCUAAAAUCAA